CACCUUCCUCGUUAGUCGUGCGUUACCCCGAGUAAGUUCCCCCGUGUUAGUCAGCAGGAGCCGGGGGAGUUGGAGAGGAGGUUCCCGCAGGAUGAAGCUCGGUGUCGGUUCGAGCUCGGUGUCGCUGGUCCUGGCUGUGGCCCUUUGUGUGUCGGUGGCGGUUCAGGACCCUGUCUUGAGCCCGGCCCCGCGGACGGACGCGGCCAACAACAACAACAGCAGCAGCAGCACGGGGCCGCCUCCCCCCCACCAGGCCGCCUACCCUGACAAAUCGGUGAUCCGCCGGGCCGUGUGGGUGCUGCUCGGGAUCAGCGGCCUCGGGCUUGUGUACUUCAUCAUCCGGAGCAUCAGGUUAAAGAAAACGCAAAGAAAGAAGUAUGGCCUGCUUGCUUCAUAUGAUGACCAUGUGGAAAUGGCUCCAGUGGACACUGAUGAUGAUGACACAACUUUAUUUGAAGUAAAGGGCAUGAGAAGGAGCAUUAACCACACUGCCUCUCAAUCUUGCUGACUUUCCAUCCACUGCAAAUGCUUCGAGACACUCUCCACUGCUUUGCUGUAAUAAGUAUUCUGAAGACAUAUGGUGAAUGUGACUUAUUUGUCAUGCAGUUUUCAGAAGCCUCAAUCUUCUUGUCACUUGCUAAUUACUUACCGAUGACUGACUAAAUACAUUUGUAUCUUGCGUGCAACUGGACAGGUAAUUCCAGCAUAACCCAGCUCUUCACUAUUCAGGAACCGAAGGGAACCUGCUGAAACUCUUCCAUUGUUGGGGAAACUUCACCAUUAUUGUGAUUUCUGUAUCAUUUCCUGAGAGUCAUUCAGAAAAAAGUUCCUGGUAAUGAGUUAAAGAUUGCCUGGACUAAGUUUUUCUUUGUCACAGCUCCGCCUCAAGCGAGUAGAACCUACAGACUUCAAUUGUUUACAUUGACAUUGUUUAAUUUAAAUUUGCUGGAACGAUUGCUCUUAAAUCACAUUAGGUGGAUAAGCCUAUUGACAUACCACAUGGGCACAGUGAAGACUAUGUAAGAUUUCCAUGGGUGACUGGCAUUGUGUACUCUAUGGGAAUGGGUGGGGAUGAAGAGGAGUGGUAAACCUUUUUGCCUGUUUUGGUACCUAUGACCCCAUUCUUAUUGGGGCCCCAACUACAGUCCUUGGAGAAUACAAUGCAGCCCAUUGGUCUUCCCAACGAGUGUGCAGUAAACAUCCACCUAGCAAUAUAAACAACAGUGCUCUUCCUGUGCCUGACUAUUAAGCUAAAAGCAAAUUUUUUUUAUAUAUAAGAAAGUCUCUGUUAACCUCUCGCUGGAAUGUUAAUUUUUAAACACGGUUGUCAUGUAACAGCAUCCACUUAAACUAAAAUAAGAGCAAUUAACUAUAUGUCUUUAGUUGUUGUUUAAUGCUGAAUGCUACUUAACCUUUAACAUUCACCAUUCCGACUGCUUCCGUGAACCGUGACAUUUCCUUAGACUGUGUUUAAAACAAAAGUGGGAAAAUGCACCUCUCCCCGAGCUGGUGCCAGUGCAGAAUUAAACUGGUUAAUAGUAAGGCAACUCCUGAGGCCUUGACCAAAAAUCAAGUGUGCCUUGCUUACUGCCAAAUGUAGCAAGUCAGUAAGUUCAGCUGACCAGCUUCAGCCGGUUGUGUGAGACGCUGCAGUUUUUAAAUGUGAAUGCACACUUACUGCCUGCAGUUGUGGCGGACUCGGCUGCAUGUGGCCAUUAGCCAUGCUACUUCUAACUGGGGCCUGUUUCUUUGUUAGCUUCAAUAAGAUGAAUUCAGGUGCAACAUGCCCUUCUUGCACACUGUGUGAGCUUGUCAGGACUGUGAAGUGUUUUAUAAGCCUUUUAAACAACAACAAAAAGUUACAAUUCAAUGCCAUCCUUUUUGUUUACUUGUUUAUUAAAAUAAUUUUUUGUGAAAGAAAA